GGACAGCAGCUGAGCUGAGUGCUCCUCCUCGCUUCAAUCAUUUUCAAAACCUGCUCGAAACCCACGAACACGCAUUCAUUUACCUGCUGCUAAUAGCCAAGAGAAGAUGUUCUGCAGACGGGCAUUGCAGAGAGUCGGGCCGCUGGCACGGAGGGCUUUCGCACCAACAUCCAGAAAUGCAGCUCCUGUGCGGCACAUGGCCUUCGGGGUCCCCGGGGGCUCCAGCAACAUGGCAUACAUUGUCCUGUGUGGAGGGAGGCCUCACUGCUGCAGUCGUCUAUGCCUACAAGACAGUCAAUGGUGGUGUUGAGGAAAAAGUCGUCAGCGUUGAAUCGACAGCAAAGGCUCCCUCGGCAGAGCUAGCAGCAGAAGUAACAGCCCCCGCUGCUGAGCCCGCCCCAGUGGAGGAGGCUCCAGCUGCAGAGGUGGUGGCAGAAGUCAUCACAGAAGCUGUCGCAGAGGUCGUCGCCGCUCCUGCAGAACCAGUGGCAGAGACCGCCGCAGAACCUGCUGUCGAGGCCGCACCUGAAGAAGCCCCCGCUGCAGCUUCUGAGGUCGUCGCCGAGGUGGCAGCUGAGCCUGCAGCUGAGCCUGCAGCUGCAGAAGAAGCCGCGGCUCCUGUUGUGGCCGAGGCUCCUGUGGUGGCCGAGGCUCCUGUGGAAGUCGCCGCUGCUGAGGAGACGCCAGCAGAGGCCCCUGCUGCUGAGGCACCCGUAGAAGAAGCCCCUGUCGCAGAAGCCCCCGCAGUAGAGGCCCCCGGUCGCAGAAGAAGCUCCCGCAGCAGAGAGGCACUGGUACGGCAGCAGUAGAUGAAGCCCACCGCUGAGGCAGAGACGGGCUCUGUGGCCCCCGAGGCUGAGGCCGCCCCUGCUGCAGAGUUGGCUGCAUAAAGAUGUAACGGUGCCAUAGUUGCUCCGCGUUAGUUGUGCCGUGUCCCGCCUCUCUGGCCCGGGAAAAAAGGACUCAUGAACCACUAGAUUUCUCUUCCAGUUGCUCAAUAAAUUACCAUAGAGGUUCAUCAGUCCAGUUUUUCAGGUGCCUUCCUUCCCUUACAUCACCCCACCUUCUGACCCAAACCAGAACAUUCGGCAUAAGGCUGUUGAGAUUCAGUUUGGAAAUACCCAUUUCCCAUAGGAAUUGUUUUUAAAUAACAAGAGCAAAUGCAAUUAAUGGUUUGGAAGAUGUACAGUUAAUGGAAGUGUUGAACCAGGUGAUUUAAGGGAUAGAAAAGAGUUAUGUUUAUGUGAAUUGGUGUUCUAAAGUGCCCUUAAAACAGGACAGCCUCUUUUAUCUAAAUAUGUCCGCAUGGUGAAUGAAUGUAGUCCAUUUGACAUAUUGUGUAAGUCUCAUUCAACAUAAUUUGCGCUUGGUCUACUCUAAAAAAGACUCACUUACAGCUAAGUCCCAUGCCUCAUUGCUUAUGAAAGGAUUAUCAUGCAAACGGGGAGAAACCCAAUUAACGCACAUUUAGUUUUGACAGUCUCACAUUGCGUUUGACCAAAAAACAUUUUGCUCUUUUCCUGGCUGCAGCGCUUGACUAGUUUGCUUCAAUUAUUUUGCACAUCUCCUUUAAUUUCUACCCCAUUAUGAUCAGUUUUCUUCUUGCACAUUCAAACACACAUAAUUUGCCAGCCAACUCACGUCUCCUACUUUGUUUUUUGAAUGUGAAUUUGUUUCAGGGAACACUGCGGAAAAUUCAUUCACCUGUUUUUGAGCAAGUUGUGAUUUAUACAGUCGAGUUAUUCAAAGAAUAAAACAUCACUGGAUGAGAA